AUGGACUCCACGUUAUUUUGUUUAGUCAAGGACUUUAACCUGAUGGAUUUUCCACAGAAAUACAACAUGGGAUCAAAACAGCAAGUGGAUAAUAUAACCUCCAGUCCAAACAACCAGAUGCACCUUAACGUCUCACCAUGGAGCCGAGAGCGAGAUAAUGCCAUGCGCAUUAGUAGGCCUGCUGCACAGCUGGUGACGGUUACACCGAACUUUAACAGCCGCGGGGCGCACGGGCAUCCAAACAAGUCCAAACGGAGGCGGAUCAUCACUGUGGUGCAGAGGCAGGCGGCUAAUGUGCGGGAGAGGAAGAGGAUGUUCAGCCUGAACGAGGCGUUUGAUGAACUGAGGAGGAAAGUACCCACGUUCGCCUAUGAGAAGAGACUGUCUCGAAUCGACACGCUGCGUUUGGCCAUAGUAUACAUCUCUUUUAUGACGGACCUGCUGGAGCAAAACAGCCAAAAUAGUCCAAUGUGA